AUGGGAGGAUCACAUUCCAAACCUGUUACUGUAGACAUUAGCAGAUAUCCUGGAGGACUUGGAGAUCAAGUCAAACAAGAUGAUAAGGGAGGAUUGUAUUAUGAAAUCGGUGGAAAAGUUCUUCUAACGGAUGAAUGGUUUCCUGACCCAGAAGGAACUUACAGGAAGAUAACACAUACUCCAAAAGAUGGGCAGAAUAUAAGUAAGAUUAGUAAGGGAGGGCAAGAUCAGAUUCUAUCCCCUGGUAACCUUUCACAAUAUUCAAGUGUUUCAGUCUACUACUGGGGACAGGAUCAUCACUGUAGUAAGCCCCUCCUAAUUCAACUUGGUAGUGGAAAUGAAUACUAUAAAUAUGUUAGUAGUGGUAAUAGUUGGAAUAAGGAUGGAAGUAUAACAUCCAGUACUCUCAGAGAGAAACUUGACAAACAGAACUGUAGUAGAAACAAAGCUCACAUUAUAAAUCUCGAAGAAAGGUAA